GAAUGUAUUAUAAAUUUUAUUUUAUCAAUUAAAAAAAAAAACAAUUUUGAUAUAGUAUACUUGUAUGUGUUAGAAAUGGUAUAUAUAAAUAUGUGUCAACAUACAGACACUUUAUGUGAAAAAUGUGGUAUUGAAAAAACUUUUAUAGUAGAUAAACCAUUACAUCUCACCAUGGCUGUUUUGGACAUCGAUUAUGGUGCAUUUAUUAGACGCCCAUUGGAUUGGACAUUUGAAUAUGAAAUACCCCAAUUUGUAUUAAACAACAGAUUCAAAUUCACCUUGAAGAUAAAAACUUCAACAAAUGACCAAGAAGUAAUAAUUUGUCACUUACAUGAAGGUAACAAGUAUCAAUCAAAUAUAGAUUUACACUUGAAAUCUGGGACAAGUGUUGUGUUUUCUUGUCAACAAACAUGUAGUAUACAUCUUAGUGGUUAUUAUUUGAAUUGAGAUUCAUGUUUUAUUUUUUUUUACAUAUUUGUUUUAAUUAUUCAUUGAAUUACUUUUAGCAAUGUAGUCAAAACACGAGGAAUAUCUGAAGUUAAGACCAAUAUAACAUGUGACUAAUGAGAUUUAUGGUUAAAAAAUAUUGAUAAUUUUAUUCCGAUUUCUUAAAAAUAAUAAAUUAAAUAAAGGAAAUGCAUU